AUGAAUCAUGUGCUGGACCCGUUGACUCCUAAGGAUCAAACAACAACAGGAACGGGAGGGUCGUAUUUAUCCUCUUCAUCGGGCGGCACUUCGCCAACGGCUCUGAUGGAGAAUGAUCUCAUCCAGAUGAUGGAUGAAGAUGAAGAGGCCAUGAGAAGAGUGAGGAAUAAGUGGGAGGUCAAAAGAAAUACUGGCGGGUUUACUAUUCCUUCGUUGAAUGAUUCAACAACAAGCAUACAAUCUAUUCAAACUCUUUCUUCAUCAAACGCUGUCAGCAAUAACACGAAUAACUUUAACACAAACAUCAACAACAACAUUAAUAUGUAUUCAACAGCAGGACUAAAUAAGAACACAAUUAGUACUUAUUCUACACCUGCCAUGGGUGUCUUCAAAAUUCCAUCUAAUAACAACCUCCCUCUUUCAACAACAAAAGCUCCAUCAAAUAAGGAAUAUAGCGAAUAUCUAGCGAAAUUGCAAUUACGGAAUAGAGAAAAAAAGAGAUUGGAGGAGGACCCUCAAAAGAAAGAGCUUGAGGAGCGAGAGAAGGGAUUUAGUUUAAAUUGGAGUGGAGCCAAUAGUCAAAAGAAAAAAGAAGCAAAGAGUUUUAAGCCGACACCCUCUGACGAUAUUCCAGAACCCACAGCAAAAAUUAGAAUUAGGAAAAAUAGACCCUCUGGGUACGCGGAGAGAAAUCAAAGCAGAAUGGAUGAAAAUGCAAGAAGAGGGUGGAAACAAGGAACGGUUAAAAUCAAGAAAGAAAAUGGUGACAUUGAGAGAAUUGCUCCUUCCAGAGCUAAAUCCAUCCGACCUCAAAUGUUCGAAGGUGAUGAUGAUAGAGAUGAAGAAUUUAAUGUACACUCUCAUGAAUCCAACGAGGCACAGGAAAAGGACAGAGAGGAGGAAAAUCAUGAUGGUGAUGAUAUUGAAGAUGAUAUACUUUUCAGAAAGAAAACAAGAGUGACUCUUAACAAAAAUGACAUAGAAGUAAUUCGACGAAGCUUAAGUUCAAUGAGCAAUACAGAGUUAGCCUCGAAAUCGGAUUCAACAAUAUCUACAAUGGACACAUUAAUAGAGAAGCUGAAAAAAUUGGAUCAACAAAAACAAAAAUACCUAUUGAAGGUUCUUGAGAAAUUAGAGAAGACAGACAAAAAGUUAGAAAUUGAUGUGUCUGACGAUGAAAAUGACCAACCUCCUAUUCAGUUACUAAAAGAAGCAAAAAUCAAAUCUGAUUCUCUUAAAACAGACAAUAUAAGUUCAACCUUAGAAAUGGAUCAAUAUUGUAUAAGAGUUAUUAGCACUUGGGGUCACUCUAGUACUGUAGGAUUGACAGAAAUUGAACUUUAUUCUUUCGAUUCUACAAAAAUUGAGGUUUCAGAAGAACAUGUAAAUGUAAAGGGAGGAUUGGGAGGGAAAGGAAAUAUUAUGAGACUUUUUAAUGGAAAGAAAAAAACUACAAACGAUCAGUACAUGUGGCAAACAUCUUUACCAACCUUAAGUUAUCUAGAAAUUGUCAUAGACGUUCCAGUCACACUUCCUGUCGUCUCUAUGACCUUUUGGAAUUUCAACAAAAGUAUCAACGAAAGCGUAAAAGGAGUACGAGAAAUAGAAAUUUUGCGAAACAAUGAGCAGUUGUGGAGGGGAACCAUUCAACGAGGAUGUGGGAACAACAUUUUUGACUACUCCACUGCUGUACAAUUGUUGUCACCUGAAGAAAUGCAAGCCAAGAGAUCGUUAUUUGCUCCUCCCAAACCUAAACCACCAACGAAAAUACCUCAACCAAUGAUGGAUGAACCAUUAACCAAAGCUGCCGAUAUUCAAUCUGCAAUAACGCAAGAGUUAAAUACCAACGAUUCUAUUUCAGAUAGUGAAAGUUCGGAAACUACAUCAUACACAUUGGAAGUGGAAGAUGACGACACCGUGGUACAAUUUAAUGAUUCAAUCGAAAAUGAUAGCACUAUCGAAGCUGUUACCAAAAAUGCCUCUCCUGUAAUUCCUCCCCUAAAUAUUCUCCCUAAAGAAAGCAACUUAACUCAAAUCGUAGAACAGAAAGAACAUUCAUUUCCCUCAAUUACAAGUGCUAGUGAUCAAAAAGAACCUAUUUGGCUCUCUUUGUCGCGGGAUACAUCUUCGACAGAAAAGAAAGUACCGAAAGGAAAUGUACUUGCUGACGCUCUUAAGAUGACAAACCCUGAAAAAGUUCCUGUGUGGUUUAGAGAGCUCGAUACAAAGGAGAAAACCAGAAAAAAGGAAGAUAUUGUACUGCCAGAAAAAUCUGAAGAAGUUGAGGUUAAGGAACCAUCACCUAAAGAAGUUCCUCAACCAAUACGUACUUCUAGAUCAAGAGGAUCGAUAGAUAAUCCAAAAGCUGUAAAUACCGAAACCAACAGUCCAAAGUUAGCUCCUGAAAAAUCAUUAGAACCACUUAAAAAGAUUGAAAUUCCAACUCAGGCGAAAAGGUAUCAAUCAAGAUCAAAAAGCAGGCCAAAGAGGCCUCAAGUUGUUUACAAUUCAGGUUGCAAUGUAACGGAGAAAUCUUCAAUUUCAAACGAAACUUAUGAUUCCUUGAUGAGAUUUAAGUAUUCUCACCUAGGAAGACUGAAGCCACGAGAUGAAGAGUCCAACUUAAUUUCAGAACCAACAGAAAUUCAACCACCAAUUUGGAAGAUUGAAAAACGGAGAAGUUCAUCGAAUAUUUUGGAAGAUAAGGAUUUAUUUUAUUUGCCUUCUCUUAACCUUACCACACAAUCCAAAGAGGAUUUCGAUGUUGUUGAAGAAGUGGACGAAGACUUUAUUAUCCCAAUUUAUCCUUCAGGUCAAAAAAUUACAAUCAAUAUUCUUGAAAGUUGGGGCGAUCCUCACUACCUGGGAUUGUCAGGCAUUGAAAUUUUCGACAAGAAUGGAAAUCUUGUUACUCUUAAUGACGUGUUUUCUCAAGUGAAAGCAAACCCUUCUGAUAUUAAUUCUCUUCCAGAAUAUUCUAAUGAUCCAAGAACUGUUGACAAACUUUUUGAUGGUGUAAAUAUGACUUGUGACGAUCUUCAUCAAUGGUUAACCCCCUUUACUCCAGGAGGGGAUCAUUUUAUAUAUAUAACCCUUAAUGAAAAAACUACUCUUUCCAUGAUAAGAUUUUGGAAUUAUAACAAAUCUAGAAUUCAUUCUUACAGAGGAGCCAGAUACCUUGAAAUGUAUUUGGAUGAUAAAAUGAUUUUCAAGGGAGAAAUUAAGAGAGCUGCAGGUACCUUAUCAUCAGUAGAAUCAUGCUCGGAAUGCAUUCUGUUCACAACAGAAACUGAAGUUUUAGAAAAGAUUGAAAAGUAUGACCAAGAAGUGUACGGCAAUUUCCUAUUGGAUCCUGAACCUAAUGUUACUAACAAUGAAAGACCCAAAACAGCCAGCAAAGAUUCAGAGGAUUCCACCACGUUUAACCCAAUUGAACACUUUUCUAAUUUAGAUCCAUCAGAACGACCUCUCACAAGCGCCAUCCAAACAAAUUCAAGAGUUGAUAAAACAAGUUCAAACGGUCUUUUAAGAGGUCAAAAAAUUAGAAUCACUCUUGAGACUUCUUGGGGAGAUUUGUUUUAUAUUGGUCUGACAGGUAUUGAGGUAUUAGGGAAGGAUGGAAAGUUGAUCAAGCUUUCAACAGAGCAGCUCUCUGCCAAACCUAGAGACAUGAAUGAGGUAUCUGGGCAUUCUGGAGACUACAGAACCUUGGACAAACUAAUUGAUGGAUGCAACAUUACAACAGAUGAUAGACACAUGUGGAUGGUUCCUGUCACAAUUUACAAAGAACGACCAUAUAUCGAAAUCGAUUUAAGGCAACCAACUGAGAUUUCAGGAAUCCGAUUUUUUAAUUACAACAAGAAUUUGGAAGACACGUUUAGAGGAGUGAAAAAGAUAUCUCUGGCUAUUGAUGGAAAACCUUUACUAGAUGGUGAAGAUAGCUGCUUUAUUUUGAAAAAAGCGCCAGGAAAUACAAGUUUUGAUUUUGGUCACACAAUAAUAUUUGCUGACGUGUUAGAUGGUGGAAGAACCAGUCCAGCAGAAAUACAGAAACCAAAAGAUAACAGCGCUCGAGGAAAUCCAUUGAGGAACAGCUCUCUUUUGAAUGAAGGCAUUCAACAAGCUAUCUUAAAGGCUCAAGCAAUGGCUCAGACUCAAGGUGUACAAGCACCACGACAAGAUUAUCAAACUGCAUUGUUACCAUGCGCUUACACGUUCAAGUUUCAUUUGAUCUCUUCUCAUGGAGAUCCAUAUUAUAUUGGACUUAAUGGAAUUGAAUUGUAUGAUGCUAGACACGAAAAAAUUCCACUAGCACCGAGCAAUGUUCAUGCCAGUCCGUACAGUGUCUCAAUUUUGGAAAAAUCCAAAGACGAUGUUAGAACUCCGGACAAGCUCAUUGAUGGUGUCAAUAACACAUGGAAUGAUCGACAUAUGUGGUUAGCUCCUAUUGAGCCAGGGCAAGAAAAUUACUUGUAUAUAAUAUUUGAGGAACCAAUAGCAGUGUCAUAUAUCAAGAUUUGGAACUAUAGCAAAACACCCUCACGAGGUGUUGAGGAAGUCAUUAUUUAUGCAGAUGAUGUUCUUAUUUACAAAGGUUUCCUAAGACAAGCUCCGGCCAUCAAUGAACCCAACAUUGAUCUGAAGAAAGAUUUCGCUCAAUCCAUACUUUUUACAAAUGAUCCUGUUGUUUGCAACAAAGAAAAGAAGCAUAUUUACUCUAAAACUUUAGAAGAUCAAGAAGUGAAAUAUUUCAAUGAGAAACAGCUUUUGAAAUUGUCGUCGACUCAAUCCCAAAUUGUUCCAAGCAACUCCAAAAACACCCCUGUCCAAAGAGAAAAUUAUCCAUCCACCCGACCCACCACCUCUGUAAUCAACACCAAGUAA